AAAUGUACUGUUUAAACAGAGAUUGCAUGCAGACUGCAGUGUUUUAGGUGUUUGAACAACUUUUUGAGGUUAUUGUGUGAAAUCAGGUAUAACAGAGUCGUGCCUGAAAUCCCAGGAAUUCAUGUCAGACAUUCAGUGCCAUAAAAGAAGAAAUAGAUCCACACACACACAAAAUGUAGGAAAAAGCUUACAUAAAUGUUAUUCCAUCAAGGCCACCAAAAAAAAUGAAAAGGUGCAAAAGAACUGCAGAGUGCAAAAAGUUUUCAGGUUCAACCCUUCGUCAAGCCACAAAAAUAUAUUACAGAAAACACUUCAGGGAAAAUUCCUUAUUCUGACCCUGAGGUUAUAAAGACUUCAAGUCAAAAAUCCCUUUACAAUCGCUCUGUAAAAGUCUAUGUUCAAUAUUACCUCAUCCUCAAUGACGUAUGAUUUGUUUGAUAACUAUGUAUAUAAACUAAAAUGUACCUGAUUAUAAUUAGAUGUCGAGAAAUGAAACCAAGUAGGUGUCAAUUUCCAUUUUAAAUUUAAUCCAGUCAACCUACAUUGUUUAAAAAUAGAAUGAAGUCAUCGAAACAGUUAUGAGUUACACUAACAGUUAACAGUUAUAUAACUGUAUCAGACUAUUUUUAAACAAUAUGGUUGACAUUAUUAAAUUUUACACGGAAACUGACACCUACUCGGUGUGUGGAUCCUUUUCUUCUUUCGUUGCAUCUUGUUGGAUAGAUGCACAUCUGUUCAUUACAUUGCUGAGGAACAACCAUGCAGAGAAACCUUUACUACGGCUCGAGCAACAGCUCAAAUGACAACUGCACCAACGUGGACGAUGUCGUGAAGCGCUACUACCUGCCUGCCAUGUACGGCACGAUCUUCAUCGUGGGCGUCGUGGGUAACGUCAUCGCUCUGCUGGUCUACUUGCUCAAAGUUCGUCCCUGGAAGAGCAGCACCAUCAUCAUGGUGAACCUCGUCAUCACUGACCUUCUCUUCAUGGUCAGCUUGCCCUUCUUGACCUACUACUACGUCCGCGACGACUCAUGGACGCUGGGGAUCGUCAUGUGCCGCUUUGCGCGCUUCAUGUUCCACUUCAACCUCUACGGCAGUAUCCUCUUCCUCACCUGUCUUGCCAUCUUCCGGUACGUGGCGAUCGUGCAUCCGUCGCACAUGCACAGCAUCAAGCAGAAGCGAUGGGGCGUGUUGGCUUGCGUCCUGGUUUGGGCUGUGGCGGUGAUCGAGUUAAGUCCCAUUUUUAACCUGUUUGACAUGGUUGAACAAAACAACAAGACAUACUGCUUGGACUUGGCGAGCAGCAACCCAGGAAUCAUGUGGCCGUACAGUUGGGCAUUGACCGUACUGGGAUAUUUGCUUCCUCUGGUCGUGGUCUGUCUUUGCUAUUGGCGCAUCAUUGUGGUACUAAAGAAGGGUCCUCAUAUGGGAAGCAUGAAACGGGUUCGAGCAAGGCGACUCAUCGUGCUGAUAUUGACGUGCUUUGUGGUUUGCUUUUUUCCCUAUCACGUGCUACGCGCUCUGAGAAUCCACACGAGACUCACUCCGGAAACCGACUGCAUGCUGGACCGCUGCGUUCACGCCGCCUACAUUAUUUCGAGGCCGAUCGCUGUACUCAACAUCAUUUUCAACUUGCCGCUCUACACGUUGUCGGGGGAUUGCUUUAAACAGGCCUUCGUGGAGCUGUUCAAAUGUGAUUGGCUCAUGUCGAGGACUAAGGGGAUCAUUGAAGUGGCUGUGAUCAGCAAAUCCACGACCAACAUCACAAACGAACAAAGCAGCUGAGACUCAAGCUGGUGUUUCAGUCUUCCACUAAAUGGUGUCAAUGCCACUGUGAAAUAGCCAAUAUAUGAAGGGAUACUCAACCUAAAAAUGAAUGUACUGUCAUCAUUUACUCACUCUCAUGUUAUUCCAAACCUAUUAACCAAAAAAUGUUAAAGGGUUAGUUCACCCAAAAAUGAAAAUAAUGUCAUUUAUUACUCACCCUCAUGCCGUUCCACACCCGUAAGACCUUCGUUAAUUUUCGGAACGCAAAUGAAGAUAUUUUUGUUGAAAUCCGAUGGCUCAGUGAGGCCUCCAUAGCCAGCAAUGACAUUUCCUCUCUCAAGAUCCAUUAAUGUACUAAAAACAUAUUUAAAUCAGUUCAUGUGAGUACAGUGGUUCAAUAUUAAUAUUAUUGGCUGAUUCAUAAUGCUCCGAAGCUUCCUGAAGCAGUGUUUUGAAAUCGGCCAUCACUAUAUAAGUCGUUACUUUGUUUUUUUGGCGCACCAAAAAUAUUCUCGUUGCUUUAUAAUAUUAAUAUUGAACCACAUGAACUGAUUUAAAUAUGUUUAAAGUAAUUAAUGACAGAAUUUUCAUUUUUGGGUCAACUAACCCUUUAAUAUUUUAUCAGUUUAACCUAAUGUAUAUAUUUUAUAUACCUUCUUAAUAUAUUUACUAUUUCAUGUUCCUGCCAUUUUAUAGAAGCGAUAAGACACUCAAAGUCAUGAUUAAGGGGUGUUCUUAAGCACCAGGCCAAGAAAAUACCCAACAACCUUCUUAAUCAUAAUAUAAUCACCUGAAUGUACAGCCUACCCUUAUGCAAAGAAAAUAUAUUUCCCUAUAUAUGAAUGAUCAAUAUAUAUAAAAUAUAUUGAAAUAUAUCUAAAAAUGUUAAACUGUGUCAGAAAAAUUAUCUUAAUUAUGUCAGAUAACACUUAAGCAAAACAUGGUCAGGUCAAAGUGUCUGAAUAAUUUUUGGUUCAAAAUUUUUAUCAGUUUUACUGGUAGUUCACUGUAUGAAGAAUUUUUGGGUAUAAUAUGUCACAGUUUACUUUAUUUUGCUAUCCUCACUUACAUAAAUGAACUGUAGUGUCCUGCUCCCACUAUUAAAAAUGUAUCAAAAACAUCGGAAUAAUUUUUGGUUUGACUGUAUGUGAUCAGAUAUGGUACUGCAUGUGUAAUAUAUCGCAGAUAUAUUAACUCAUUCAGUAUACACAUAUAUAGAGAAAUAUAUAAUGUAACAUAUUUCUUAUAUUUUAGAAUUAUUUACACUAUAAACGUUUUAUAUUUCAAGUUUGUAAGCAAAAGCAGCACACCUGCAUGUACUAAAGUAUUUAGCAAGGAGACUAUCACUGUGCUGAAGAAGGCACAGCCAUUACUUUUUAAAUAAAGUAAUAUAUAGUCUUAAUGGUGUUUGGCACAUACCAGAAAACCUUCCAAAAUAAUACAACUUUAAACAGAUCUCCCCCUAUAUUAAUAUUGAGCAAAACACAUGAAAUAACACUUCAUUUUAACAUUUACUUUCCUUUAACUGUCAGAAGCAAAGCAUGCUGGGAACUAGAAGUCUGUUGUAACCACUGAUUCCAUGAAUUUGUGUGUAUAUAUGUGUGUAAAAUACAUUCACAUUUAAAUGGGAACAUGUAUGUGCAAUAUAUACACGCAAUAAAAGAUAAAACUUUAUGAAUAUUA